UCUUUCCCUUAGCUCCCUCUCUUCUCUUCUUAAGACCCCCUCUUGUGCUCCCACGAGACAUUAUAAACCACACCAUCAUCUAAUCAACUAAAUCUCUUCCCUCUUCCCUCUUCCCUCUUCCUCUUCUCGCUUCUCUUCUUUCUUUUACACAAACACCAUCACCUAAUUAUUAUCAUUCUCUUAAUGGGUCUAGAUCAAGAUGCUAGUAACUCAGGCCUUCAGCUUAUUCUAGGUUUAGCUUUGACUUCUACACCAGAAUCCAAUAACAAGGUUGAUAAUCAUCUUACUCUUAUGCCAAGGCCAACACCAACCAAGUCCCACUCCUCCAAUUUUAACUCAGAGGCUGAGCCAUCACUAACGUUGGGUCUCUCCGGUGAGAGUUGUUACCUGCAUCAUGUGGUCAAAGACAACAAAAAUAAGAUGGACAUAACGCAUAAAGCUUACAACGAGGACCCUUUUGACUUGUCUUCGCAGACUUCACCUCAUCACAGCGCUAUUUCCUCGUUCUCCAGUGGCCGAGUCAAGAGAGAAAGGGAUCUUAGCAGUGAAGAAAUGGAGGCAACAGAGAUAGAGAGGGUUUCUUCAAGAGCGAGUGAUGAAGAUGAAGACGGCACCACUGCAAGGAAGAAGCUUAGGCUUACAAAAGAACAAUCUGCUCUACUAGAAGAAAGCUUCAAACAACAUAGCACUCUCAAUCCUAAACAGAAACAAGCUUUAGCGAGACAGUUAAACCUGCGGCCUCGUCAAGUUGAGGUGUGGUUCCAGAAUCGGAGAGCCAGAACAAAGCUGAAGCAAACUGAGGUGGAUUGCGAGAUUCUUAAGAAGUGCUGCGAAACGUUAACGGACGAGAACAGGCGGUUACAGAAGGAGCUUCAAGAGCUGAAGGCACUGAAACUAACACAGCCUUUGUAUAUGCCUAUGUCUGCGGCAACCCUCACUAUGUGCCCAUCUUGUGAGAGGCUCGGUGGUGUCCACGGUGGCGCUUCCAAUAAGAGCCCUUUCUCCAUGGCUCCUAAGCCUCACUUCUUCAACCCCUUCACCAAUCCUUCUGCAGCAUGUUGAAAAAACAAACAAAGAAACAAUAGUAUUCCCCCCCUCAAACCUUUGUAUUUUUUUGGUUGAGGGAUACGUCUAUGGACUACGUCUAGUGAAAGGGUUAAAGAUGUAAUUAACUAAUACCGUAGAUAUUAGUAACUGCUGAUCAAAAUUACUUUUUUUUUGUCCCCUUUAUUGUAUGUUUAUAUAUAUAUAUCGUUAUAGAAUACAUCCAUCCAUGAAGGAAUAGCUAUAUUUU